AUGGACUCCCUUAUCUUCUUUGUUAUAUUGGUGAUAUCCUUCAAAGCAUGCAAAGCCAUAAAUACAACGCCCAAAACUACACCAAAAUUUCCUGCCGUUUUCAUCUUCGGUGACUCAACUGUAGAUUCCGGCAACAACAACUAUUUUGAAACAUUAGGUCGGGCCAACCAUAAGCCAUAUGGCCAAGACUUUCCUGGCCACGUUCCGACAGGGAGGUUUUCUAACGGAAAACUGGUUUCAGACUUCUUGGCCUCCAUGUUGGGGAUAAAAGAAACUGUCCCUCCUUUCUUGGAUCCAAGUCUAUCGGAUCAUGAACUCCAAACGGGUGUCUGCUUUGCGUCGUCCGGUGCCGGGUACGACGAUAUAACGCCGGAAGUAACCCGAGUAAUUCCGGUAAUGAAGCAGGUUGAGCUGUUCAAGAAGUAUAUUACGAGGCUCAAGGGAAUUUUAGGAGAAGAAGAAGCUAAGAAGACAAUUAACGGAUCAUUGGUUAUUAUUAGUGCAGGAACUAACGACUUUGCUUUUAAUUUCUACGACGCGCCGACAAGGAGGUUACAAUUCAACGUUAGUCAAUACCAAGAUUUUCUUCAAAACAGGCUGCAAAACUUUGUUAAGCAACUAUACGAUCUGGGAAGCCGGAAAAUGCUUAUAGCUGGACUUGUUCCAAUUGGUUGCUUGCCGUUUCAGAUAACCUUGAAGUUUCGGAAUCCGUUGAAGAGAAAGUGUAUAGAGAAUCAAAAUUUAGAUGCCAGAAAUUAUAAUGAAAAGCUUGUUAAUCUAUUACCCCAAAUGCAGGCGAAGCUUCCACAGAGUCAUAUUGCCUAUGCUGACGUGUAUGAGACUUUGAGUGACAUGAUUAAUAAUCCAACAAAGUAUGGUUUUGAAAAAACUAAGAACGGGUGUUGUGGCACCGGGUUGAUAGAAUUCGGACCGUUGUGUACUCCGGUGACUCCAACGUGUGAGAAGGUUUCAAACCACUUAUUUUGGGAUGCCGCUCAUCCAACUGAACCGGCCUAUCGGCACAUGGCCGAAAUUCUCGUGAAGGAAGCCAUUCCCAAGCUAGUGUGA